AACCUACGCCAAGAGAGAAAGCAGUGAUGGUGCUUCUGACAAAGUCAGGGUUGGCAGAGUCUCUGCUAUAGGCAAUUCCAGCAACUUCGAGCAAGUUACGCAGGCCUGAUGCAACGUGAAAACAAGGAAGACGGGCCUUUCCGCUACGCACCCAUGACGUUGGCGGUUAGCGUCCCAAUGGCUCGGCUCCCUGGAGACAGCGCUAUAGAUGUUCAUGUACGAAGCCCUGCGAUGUGAACCGAAGAUGCUAUGCGAAGGGGAUCGCCGUUCACAGGAGAGUUUGAUAUGCAUGACAAACGCUCCGUUAGGUCUACCUUUAGCCUGAGUCAACCAACGAUCCCCUCGGUCGUCCUUCACGGCAGACUUUCCGAAGCCGCGACGAACGCUAAGCCCAAUUUGACCGACAUCCGCGGUUCAUGCGGGGUAGAAACUGCGGAUCGCGGUUCUGUGUUGACCAUUGACGCGCAUGGCUGGAGAAUGGUAUAUUGAUUGCGGCGAUGUCUGACUCGGGGCUGUCGACACCGGGAACCCUGCCUCCGGAUACCGAGAUUGAACAAUGCCUACGAAGAAUUGUACGGAACGCGCUCAAAGCCGAUGAAGAGAUCUCGACCAAUAUUGCGCGCUCACGUGCUGAAGCUGAGCUUGGACUUGGGAUCGACUUUUUCAAGGACGACGCGACAUGGAAGCAAAGGAGUAAAGAGAUCAUCUCCAUCGCCUUCAAUGACCCUCCAUCGCCGGAGAAGGCGAAGAAGACCCCUCGGAAGCUGGAUGUAAAGCCCCAAGCAAAAGCUCCUAAGAAGCGCAAAUCCAGCGAAGUAGAAUCCGGGAAGCGGAAAAAACGGAAAGGGUCGAGUGAGAAUGUCAUCGACGAGAGCGAUGCAGACGAAGAUGCAGAGCCACGUGUUAUUGCAGAGGCUGAGAGGAACGGUAACAGCACAAAGCCUCCCGCAAGUAUUCCCGAGAGCGAUGACGAUGAUGAGAAGCCCGUCGCGCAAUACAAGGCUCACGAUGAGUCACGGGAGAGGAGACCAGAAGCACAGCCACGCGUGAACGUCAAUGGUGUUACUGGAGAGGCCGAAGAAAGCGAGCUAUCUUCGGUGUUAGACGAGCCAGUCCCAGCCAAGAAGAAGCGGCAGAAGAAGUCCACCUCACCUUCAGAUACCAGGUCCAAGCCCAAAAAGGCGCCCAAAGCCGAGAAAGAGGUCUCGCCUGACGAGGAAGAGAUCAAGCGUUUACAAGGCUGGCUCGUGAAAUGCGGCAUCCGUAAAGUCUGGGGCAAAGAGCUCAAGCCAUUCGACACGGCGAAUGGGAAGAUCAAGCACUUGAAGGGUAUGCUUGAAGACGUCGGUAUGAAGGGUCGCUAUAGCGUAGAGAAAGCGAAGCAGAUCAAAGAAGCCAGAGAGCUGGCGGCCGAUCUCGAGAAUGUAAAGGAGUUCAAUGACCGUUGGGGCCAGAAAGGUAGCGAUGACGAGGAUGAGGACGAUGGGAAGACCGCCGCACCGCCGAAGCGCCUUAGGCCGAAAGGUUUGAUCGACUUCGGUGACAGUGGCGACGAUGACAGUGCAUGAGUAUGGGCUUCCGAGUUGGUGCCCGCUCAGGGUUGGAUGUCUUGACAUGCUGAGAUGCCACACAACAUGCAUUACGGAAUAUCUGCUGACCUCU